CAAAGGCAAGUCAAGGAUACAAUGCUUGCCACCCAGAUGACAGUUAACAAUUUGACUUGCAAGGUUACCCAUGUCCUUGGGCCUUCUGUACACAUACAAUCUACUGGGUAUGGCAGUUCAGAAUGCGGCAUCGCCGAACCAUACCAGAAAGGCAACCCAAAUACCGACUUAAAGAUAUUAUUUGCAGAUGGGGUUACCGAGUUUCUGGACGUUCAUUCCGAAGAACCUUCGGAGCGUGUAUUAUCCGCUUGGGAGCUUGCAACUGGAGAUCAUUACGAGCCAGUCUUGACGACCCGCCAUGGCUUAUGGAGGUACCGUCUUGGUGAUGUCGUCGUCAUUAAAGGCUUUGCACCAGAUGAUGGAUUGCCUAUUAUCAAUUACCUUCACAGGCGAGAGUGAGUUGCAAUGUCAUCGAUUUUAGACUUAGUGGCUAAAAUACCAAGUGGCUCACUUGGACUGGCAU